CAGUGGUAUAAAGCUUAAAAAUUUGUCCAUUCGACAAUGUCAUCCCAGUAUAAUCCCGAUGAACUGGAGGCUCUCGAAUGGCUCAACGCAGAAUUUUUCACAGAUUUACUGAAGCAACAUGAGAAUGUGCCUGAACUUAUAGUGACAGAUCUCAAGUUGUCUCCGGCAAGUUCACAGGGAGAUCACUAUGCAAGUGUCAUGUUUCGGGCGGCCGUGGAGUAUACGACCUUGAAGGGAACUUUUUCCAAAUCUUUAAUUAUUAAGACAAUGCCUAAGCAAGGCGGUCAAAAGAAACAAAUGCUGGAUGACUCACAUAUAUUUCACACUGAGAUUGCCAUGUACACAAAAGUGUUACCUAAGUUCGAGGAGAUACUACGGAAAGUGGGCGAUAAUACUAGGCUUUGUGUACCUUGUGUAUAUCACAGCUUGGAGCCUCGGCAGGUGAUGGUAUUUGAUGAUCUGGUACCUCAGGGCUAUCAAGUGAUACGUGAGAGAUCCGCCACCAUCGAUGAGAUUCAUGCUGCAUUGGAGAAGCUGGCCAAGUGGCACGCUGUUAGUCAAAAGCUGCUAAAGGAUCAGCCGGAAUUAUUUCAUAAGUUACAGUAUAAUCUCUCCACACUUCCCAACUUUCUGAAUAAGAGUUUCCUAACGAAUGCAUUGCCAAACUUUAUUUACAUGCUAAACGAGAGGGAAAGCUUGCAGAAGUACAAAAAGUAUUUUGAUUCCAUGCGGAAAGACUUGAUCCAAAAAUGGGCAGAUUCCUUAGGAGAAUACCAUAAGAAUCCCAGAGACAGUUCUCUUUACGUUCUAUGUCAUGGAGACUUUCACAUAAGAAACUUGAUGUUUAAGGAUAACAGUUGCAUGUUUAUCGAUUUUCAAUUGUCCCAUGUGGGACCUUUGGUUAAUGAUUUUCUUUAUGCGAUGUAUAUGUUUUUUGGACCUGAAGAACGUGGAAGUCGCCGCGAUGAACUGAUAACUUACUACUUACAGGCCUUUGUCGAUACGUUGCAAAAGAUUGGCAGUCAAGCAAAGACUCCCAGUUUUGAAGAGUUCCAAAGCCAAUUAAUUGAUAACAAAUACAACGAGUUCAUGCUGUUAACAACAUUUCUGCCUAUACAGAUUGCAUUCCGUAAAAACGCCAUUGAUCCUUUAAGGCGUCGCACGAACAUGUACAAUGAUAAGGAUUACCAAGAGGAAGUAGAGUAUCUAUUGAAUAGAAUGCACCAGUUGGGAUACUUUAAAGAAGUUUAAAAAAUAUGGAUGUAAUAAUCACUGUAUACACUGUAUAUACACUGAAUAUCGGUUAAAGUCAAUUUAAUAAGUAUCUGUGAAUUACUUUAUAAGCAAUAAGAUUGCCAAUACUUAUCAAUGUUUGAACAUAUAACAUCAUGAACCACUAACAAAAGCUUCAAAGUGCUUCACAAAAACUAAACAAAUAAAAAAAAAAAGCUCAAGAUAAGCUCUAAAAACUUUAAUAAAUACGAAGUCUCAAUAGAUUUGCCUCUAGUUGUAUUUUAAACUCGUCACCGGAAACAUAAGCGCAACGAUCAACUAAGAUGUCUCCAAACAUUGAUGAUUUCAAUGCGGAUGAGUUGAACGCUCCAGAUUGGAUGAAUGAGCAAUUCUUUAAAGAAGUUCUAAUUAAGCAUAUCAAGGAUCCGAAUGUGAAAGUAGUUAAUGUUAAGACAUCUCCCGCUACUGCUAAAGGAGAUCAUUAUGCGAGUAUUAUGUUUCGGGCAAAUGUCGAGUAUUCAACGCAAAAGGAAAAGUUCUCCAAGUCGUUGAUCAUAAAAACAAUGCCAGAUCCGGAUAGUGAUAAAAAUGAGGUGUUGGGCGACUCCCACAUAUUUCCAACGGAGAUUGCCAUGUACACGGAAGUGCUACCCAAGUUUGAGGCGAUACUUGCUGAAGCAGGUGAUGAGAUUACAUUUUGUGCGCGUUGUAUCUAUCACAGCCUAGAACCACGCCAGGUCAUGGUGUUUGAAGAUCUGGUUUCCCAAAAUUACGAUGUAAUACGCAAUAGACCAGCAAAUCUAGAUGAAAUCAAAGCUGGCUUGGAAAAACUGGCAAAAUGGCAAGCGGUUAGCUUUAAGUUGUUGAAGGAAAAAUCAGUAUUGUUCGAUAAGUUGCAAUAUGAUGUAACGACAAUCCCUAACUUCUUGGAACAUGAGUUACUGACAAGUGGUUUUCCAAACUUCUUGGAUGCACUGGAAAGUGUAAGCUGCUUAAAGCAAUACCGAAAGUAUUUUGAGCCUAUGAAAGACAUCAUCAUUAAACGCUGGGUAGAAAUUAUACGUGAAUAUCGGGAUAAUCAAAAAGACGAUGCAUACUACGUUCUAUGUCACGGAGACUUUCAUCUGAAAAAUAUGAUGUUUAGGGGUAACGACUGUAUGCUGCUUGAUUUCCAGUUGUCCUAUGUGGGAUCCAUGACAAAUGAUGUUCUUUAUGCGAUGUAUAUGUUCCUGGGCCCCGAGGAACGUCGUCAUAAUUAUGAUGAGCUAAUCUACCAUUACUUUGCGUGCUUUACAAGGACAUUAUCAAAGAUUGGAUACCAAGGAAUGAUGCCCAGCUUGGUUGAAUAUCGAAAACAGUUAUUCGAUAGAAGAUAUCUUGAAAUUUUUCUGAUGAGCACAUUUAUGGCUACUUUUAAUCACAUGCGCAAGGGACAGGAUCCAUCGGAAUUCAUCAACGAUGCUGACAAAAGACGUCAAUUAUAUAACGAUAAGGAUUAUCAAGAAGAAUUAAAAUAUCUGCUGCCUCGUUUCUUACAUUUGGGAUAUUUCGAUCAGUUAAAAUAAAGCACUUGUAAUAUUAAUAAAC